AUGGCAAGACACUUCUGUUGUGCUGUUUUUGCUAACGAAGCAAUGAAGUACAAGGGCUUAGUAGACCCAAAAAACAAGCCGUUCGGCAACCUGCUACCUUUCGAGGUUCAAGUUAUCAUUAUGUUCUGGACCCAAUGUUUCAUGACCAAUGACAGAAGGAAAAAAAUGAAUGCAGAAUUUACCCGCCUUCCCCAUUGCCUUAGAACAGGCAUUCCAAUGUUCGUGGCAUUUUCGUUUUCAAGUGGCUACAAACGUUUUUCUUCUGCUAUGGAAAACAAACCUUAUCCUAGCUUUUACGGUUGUCCUCACUGUUUUAGACGAAAAACCAAGCAAUAC